UUUUGGUGCUUCUUUCUGGGAAAGCGUAUUUUGCGAGUUCAUCGAAUUGUUUACAGUUUGUAACUUGUAAACAGGAAAAACAAAACAAAUAUGUCAACGCCAAAUAACGAAGCCGGUGGAGGCAAUUUAAUGGAUGAAUUCGAGGAAGCGUUUCAGGCCUGUCUGCUCUCGCUAACCAAACAGGAGCCCAACUCCGGCACCAACAAGGAGGAAAUCGAUCUGGAGGUGCAAAAGACAACGAAUCGCUUCAUCGAUGUGGCCCGCCAAAUGGAGGCAUUCUUUUUACAGAAACGCUUUCUCGUCUCCACGCUUAAACCACAUAUGCUCAUCAAGGAUGAGAAUCAAGAUCUGAGCAUUGAAAUAGCACGCAAAGAGACGCUGCUGCAAAAGCACUACAACCGCCUGGAAGAGUGGAAAGCGUGUCUGUCCGAUAUCCAACAAGGUGUCCACAAUCGCCCCACGCAUCCGAUGAUGCCCGGCCCGUGUCCAACGGGCAUGCAGCCAAUGGGUGGACCGGGGCCACGUCCCGGCCUAAUGAGCGGCAUGCCACCGGGCGUACAACUGCCUGGAGGACCACAGCAUUUGCUGCAAGCACAACAGGUGCAACAGCUGCGCAUGAUGGGCAAACUGCCACCCAAGUGAUGUCAUAGAAUCUAAUAUAAUCUCUAAGUUAUGCACCUUUUAAUAAACAUUAAAACUUAUACUUAAAUGAAAACUUUUACGUGGAGCCAAGCUGGAAGAUGCCCUAACUUUUUAUUUUAUCUAUGACCGAUGACCCAAGCAACAUGUUUAAUAUCUGUUGAUAGCUAUUAAAUGAAAAUCAAAUAAAAAAUUGUCGAUCCAUUGAAA